AUGACGAACGCACACGCCCAUCCGAUCCCUCCUGCGAUCCCCCAUGAUCUCUUCACGCAGGAAGUUCCUCCCUCGCCCACAUUGACAAAUCCCGACAUGAUAUUACCAUAUCAGCGACAUCUAGAAGCCAGCCCAACUCCGCGAGCUUCGUCGCCGACUUUACAUUCCUCUCCGCCUCCGCUACGGCCAGAUUCGGCUGUUUCGUUGGGCUCGUCCCCUCCGGAGCUUGAGCCUGCUAUCCAGCUGGGCAUUGCGACGACCGUUAGACUGCCGUCUCGCGUUGUUCCUCCCAUUAACACCAACUACUAUGGCUAUGAGCAUGGAGCGCCCCUGAGCGAUAUCGGGGAGGAAGAAACCCCAAGGUCGAGAAAGAGCCGAAGAACGGGUACCGCAACUCCAUCAGAUCCGCCAUCACCGACCCCGGCCGGACCUUCGGUGCGCGCGGCGCGAAGGUUGAGCGGUCGCUCCUCGUCAAGCAAUGGCUCUGACUUGGGCAACUGGGAGGACUUCGACUUCGACACCUCUAAGAUUAUGAAUGAAAGGUUGGCUGCGGAUGUAGCAAAGGUCGCAGAUGAAGAGGUGGACGAUGUCGAAAGCAAGAGAAACAGCACGGUCGUGACAAACGAGGAAGACGAAAUGGCUUUACUGAACGAACGAGCAGAGCGAAUCCUCGAGCACGCGAGGAAGAGACUCACCCAUAUGGAAGACAACUUGAGCAAAGCUCGUCACAGCAUUCUCCUGUCUUCGAGGUCUUCACCGAACAUGAACGAGCUGCAUCAGCCUGCUGGCGGGCUAUAUCGUUCAAUCUCCCUGGCAGGGGCGAGCCAGCGAAAGGCGAGACCGAUCCACCUUGUCAACAGAACAAAUUCAGUCGUACACGCUAGAGGCGGCAGCGACACGACGACAGGUGCCUCUGGGUUGAAGCGUCUUUCCAUGAUCCCCGAGGUUAGGUCUUCGAGUGCUCUUGAAUAUGGUCGCAGACAGGAGUCUCCACAGCAGCUUCACUCGCCACCAUCUACACGGCCAGCUGGUUUUUCGCCAGCCAGCAUCCGCAGCUUCAACUCACCUUUGCAGAUACUCAAAGAGGAAGAAAGUGCCCCAAGCACGACCAAAACUUCACCGGAGUCUUCUACUCCCCGAGGCCUCGGCAUCAAUACUUUGGCAACGGUGUCUAAAGAAGAUAUUUCAGUGAUUACGAGUAGUCCCACGACAGCUUUGGCGCGUUCCUCGUCAGUGAUGUCGAACCGUUCGACCAAAGAAAUCCGUGAGCAGAUGUCCACUCUCCAAGCCAAAAUCUCCGACUUGAAAGACAGAGCACAGGCCGACAGCAUGAGGAGAAAAAGCAUGCAAAGCAUCAGAACACCCAGUCCCUUUACGAGUGCUCAGGCGCCGGAGCAAUGGUAUACGAGUUCCCCCGAAUACAAAGAGGCUGGCAGUCCUAUCAACACGAACGCCGGCAUGGGUUGGAGCCCGUCCCGAUCGAGAAAGCCACUGGAGGUCCAUGUUACACCAAUCACGCCACAAGCCCAAACAUAUCUUAAUGUCGAUCUUUCGGCAACAAAGGAUUCCAGCUACCUGAGUGAAGCAAGGACCGACAAGAACACUCCCAGUCUCCACAAGUCCGUGCACGUGCAACCCGAGCCGCUCGAGAAACCGAAUUCUAUAAUUCUAGAGUCUGUCUACGAAGAUGCAGCGCAGGAAUUUGAGGAUGAUGACCCCAUUGCUGCUUCAGAAGAAGAGCAGAUCUAUCUAAAUGAGGUUCUGGAGGAGAGCCUGCAGGACCUCGAGCCCGACGUCCCGGAUAUUCCUGAACAUAUGCUAACCGCAGAGGGAGGGGCUGAGCGUCACGAAGACCGGCUAGACGCGUUUGAUUACGAGAACAUGUUCCUUCACAGCGCUCUGGGAAAUUAUGCGGGGGCCGGUACUAGAAGUGAAACUCCUAGCGACAGCGAUUGCAGCAGUGUGGCAACAACCAGGGUGAACCAACAUACCCCAACUGCGGAUGAGGAGGACGGUGAGACGCAGCUCGAUGAGGAAGCCGGUACAGACGAAGAAGCGGCGUCAACUCCGAUUCAAGAGACAUUCCGGAGACCAGGAACCCCUCCUGAGGUUGUCUCUGCUGACCCACCACCAAAGCCGUGGGCAAAGGCAGCCCGUAGCAAUAGCAUGGAUUCUCUGUCAACGGUCGCCACCUUCGCAACAGCUACAGAAGGAGCAGGUGCGGAGAUCGAGGACGGGAUGCCCUCUGAGAUCUUGGGCUGGGGUACUGGAAUUGGAUUUCCUCAGCCGCCAAUGAGCCCGAAGCGGGAAGCCACCUCUUCGGUAUGGCCGACACCGCCCUUGAGCGGACGCGCUCGGCAAACUCAGAUCAGAUCUCCGCGCAGCAUUCAGACGCAAGGGUCAAUCGUUUCGAAUGGCAUACCCACUCCUCCUGUCCAGUCGCCGAGCUCCUCCCUCGCUACGCCAAAACCGUUGAGCCAGCCUAAUGCACAAAGCGAGGUGGCUGUUGACCAUCCUGCGAAUACCGAGAUCCUGAUGGAGAGUCUGAUCAAGCUAGCAGACCCAGAGUUCAAGGUUGGCUUUGGACCGGGGUCGGUGUCUUUCUCCGCCGUGGACAAGGACCUUGUCCUCGACCUGCUGCGGGCGGUUGGAGGGGUUUGCAAUGAGAUCCUGAAGUCGGAAAGGAAGCAAGAGGUUCGUGCCGCAAAAGUGCUGAGGCGGCGACUGGACGAAUCACGCAAACUCUUGGAGGGGCGAGCCGACGAUUGA